GUAGACGCAGCCCCUUUGUUCUUGCUUACCGUUGUAAUCCGUCUCUCUCUCUCUCGCGGCGCGCUCGCGCGCUCAAGGAGGAUCGAGUCAUUUUGAUUUUUCUUGGUUCUUCUUCGAUGGAGAACAAACCCGGAAGCGGGAAAUUUGAAGUCAAGAAAGAGUCGGUACAGGGGCCUUCUGAAUCAGCAGACUUGUCCACAGACCACAGAAGUGGCAAGAGAUUGAUGAUCGAAGGAUACCCAAUUGAGGGGUUGUCGAUUGCGGGCCAUGAAACGUGCGUGAUUUUGCCGUCCCUGAAGGUGGCCUUCGAUAUCGGUCGGUGCCCACAACGCGCCAUCUCUCAAGACUUUCUCUUCAUCUCCCACGCUCACAUGGAUCAUAUCGGAGGAGUUGCCAUGUAUGUUGCAAGUCGUGGAUUGUUUUCUUUGAAACCCCCAACAGUAAUUGUGCCAAAAUGUGUAAAAGAAGAUGUUGAGAGACUUUUUGAGGUUCACAGAAAGAUGGACAAUUCAGAAUUGAAGCAUAAUCUAAUCGGCAUGGAUGUCGGAGAAGAGAUUUAUAUAAGGAGAGAUGUUAAAGUACGAGCUUUUAGGACUUAUCAUGUCAUACCAAGCCAGGGUUAUGUAGUUUACUCAGUGAAAGAGAAACUUAAGCAGGAGUAUGUGGGCCUUCCUGGGAAUAAGAUCAGGGAUCUCAAACUAUCUGGUGUGGAGAUCACAUACACCACGACGACACCCGAAGUUGCUUUUACUGGAGAUACCGCUUCUGAUUUUAUACAUGACGAAAAUAACGCUGAUGUUUUGAGGGCAAAGAUUCUUAUUAUGGAGAGCACCUUUGUCGAUGACAAGGUGACAGUAGAACAUGCCAAGGAGUAUGGGCAUACUCAUCUUUUUGAGAUUGUUGGCUGUGCAGAUAGGUUUGCAAACAAAGCUAUUCUUUUGAUUCACUUUUCAGCUAGACAUAAACGAGAGGAAAUUGAGGCGGCUAUCUCUGCAUUGGGUCCGCCUUUAGCUGGUCGAGUUUUUGCAAUGACAGAAGGUUUCUGAAUGCGAAUAGCUUAUUAGAGCAUAUGCAUGUUGUGAAAAUAUGGAACAUUUCUGGUGAUUUUAUAGCUCAUGAUGUUUUUUAGUGGUCAUUAACAACUUUGAACAUUUCGUGAAAUAUUAGACAACGCAGUUUCAACCAGUCGAUUUUUUUGGGCUCCUAAUCAUGGUAAUAAAUAUUUCCCUUGAUUUUGCAUUGUCUUUUCGAUGAUGUUCAGUGUAAGACUGCACAGUGUAACACUUAUAUUCUCCAUACUAAGUAAACAUACUGUACCUAGGGCAAUGUUAAGCA